AUGGCCACCUGCAACUACCUCGACGACAAAGACGACUUGCCCGCUGCCGUCCGUACCAUGCGGCGGCAGAGUCAACCGCCAACGUGGCUUUCAGGGUUUCGCAAGAAGUUGUCCAACCGGACAUUGAGUGGUUCGCCUGUUGUACCCGAAGUGUUCUUGGACGAGUCCUACUGCAAUAACGCCGUACCUGAAGUGGAAAAUGCCGCCGCAUCUGCAUCGUUGGCGCCGGAUCGAAAACCUAAGCGCAAACAUGACGAAGAGCAAGAAGUCGACGAUGAUUACCACGGCAACCUUAACAGCGUGUUGUUCGAGCAGUGGUUCGAGGGUCAUUGCCAAAUCCUCCGCGACAA